AUGGCUUCCCUCGAGGUUCCCGCUCAGCAGCGUGCUGCCAUCCGCCAAGGCGUCGGCCCCGAGUCAACCACCUCCAUUGAGACAAUUGAAGUCCCCAAGCCUGGCCCCGGCCAGAUUUUGGUCAAGGUCAACUGGUCUGGUCUCUGUGGCUCAGACAAGUCUCUCCUGCACAACGAGUGGAAGGACUUUGGCCUCAGCAUGAUGGACGUUACCAAGGGCAUUGCCGGCCACGAGGGUGCUGGUCCCGUCGUUGCUGUCGGUGAGGGUAUGGAGACGCGGUGGAAUGUUGGUGACCGCGCUGGUGUCAAGUGGAUUGCCAGCACCUGCGGCGAGUGCGAGUUCUGCCUCAACGGUGUCGAUGAGGUGCACUGCCCCAAUCAGACAAACAGUGGUUUCUCUGUUCCUGGAACAUUCCAGGAGUACGUCAUCGCAGAUGGCCGAUACACUACCAAGCUCCCUGAUGGUGUCCUCGAUGAGGAGGCUGGUCCCAUCAUGUGUGGAGGUGUCACAGCUUACAGCGCCUGCAAGCGCUCUAAUGUCAAGCCUGGCCAGUGGAUUGUGCUUCCCGGCGCUGGCGGUGGUCUCGGCCACUUUGCCGUCCAAUAUGCCAAGGCCAUGGGCAUGCGAGUCAUCGCCAUCGACGGCGGAGAUCACAAGCGCGAGCUGUGCAUGAAGCUCGGUGCUGAGGUCUUUAUUGACUUCAAGGAGACCAAGGACAUCACAGCCGAGAUCAUGAAGAUCACAAAGUAUGGAGCCCACGGCGUCAUCGUCACAGCCGCCACUCGGGCAGCCUAUGAGUCUGCUCCUGGAUUCCUCCGCCCUAACGGUACCGUCGUGGCUGUCGGUCUUCCUCAGGACAGCACCAUCAUUGCUGGCUGUGCCCCCAUGACUAUGGUUCUUCGACGGUUGAACGUUGUCGGAAGUGUCGUUGGCAACCUAAAGGACGUUGAAGAGGCUCUCGACUUUACCGCCCGAGGCCUCGUCCGCCCUAUUCUAUCAAAGGGCAAGCUUGAGGACCUCGAUGAAUGGGUCCACAAGCUGGCCACUGGUCAAGUUGCCGGACGCUGUGUACUUGAAGUCACCGCCCAGGCUUAA